UCACCAAGCUUGACAGCGGGCACCGAGUCAUCUGGCAGGGCAGCGGGCACCAAGUCAUCUGGCACGACAGCGGGCACCGAGUCAUCUGGAACGACAGCGGGCACAGAAUCAUCUGGCACGACAGCGGGCACCGAGUCGUCUGGCAGAACCAUGGGCACUGAGUCACCAAGCUCGACACCGGGCACCGAGUCAUCUGGCUGGAUCGGGCAUCCGGGCAUCAGGCUGAACAGCGGGCACUGGGGCACCAGGCUGGAUAACAGAAGGCAGGUUCUCAGACAGCAGGCUGAC